UUCACCAGACGCGCGGCUUGUUAUGUCCGUCGUCCUCAGUCCAUCAAGGGAUGCUCUGCGUAAAAGAACCGUCCAUGGAGCUCCGCGCCUGAUAUUGGAACAUUUGUUACACGGUCUUACGCUUUUUAAAAACUGAUUUCAAACUUGUGGUUUGGAAUACGACGGCAGUGAAGAGGUUUUUAAGUGAGGACGUAUUUUCCGCGUCUUUGUUGUUGAUUUGCAACUCGAAACAAAAAUGAAUACUACAUUUAAUCAAACGGACAACGGAAUCUUUUACAACCGGACUGAAGAAAUCUUAUCAUGCUGCAACUUCUCGUCGGUUGUAACGGAUGACGGAUUUCCAGCCGCCGCACCGGACGAGAGAAGUCUCUUCAUCAUGAGAGUAGUUCAGAUAGCUGUCAUGUGCGUUCUCUCGCUUACGGUGGUCUUCGGGAUAUUCUUUCUCGGUUGCAAUCUCCUCAUCAAAUCAGAGGGGAUGAUUAACUUUUUGGUGACGGACCGAAGACCAUCCAAGGAGGUGGAAGCGGUUAUUGUGGGCGCAUAUUAGCGCAGUCAACCAACAGGAGUUUGAAAAUGGACCGGUUACGCACAAGCGAAGGAGGAAUGGGCCACCUGUUUGUAUUCUUCAGCUCAUGAACUGAAUGUUUCCGUUAUACUGGUGUAUAACGGCACAGAAGUCCAGGGGCUCUAAAUGUGUCCUUAGCCAACUGUUUGAACGUAGGCUACUGUAAAGUAUGUUCUCACCUCUGCGCCAAAAUCGCAACCGUCCAACUUAACCACCCGGACUGCUGUUGUCUUUCAAGUCACAUUUGUUUAUCCAAAGUAUUUAUUUGUGGAAACUCAUAGGAGAUGAUGCGCAUGUUGUGUAGUGUACAUGCAAUGUGAAGUUCUGAUUUUUUAAAUUAAUACAUUGUGUUGCGUUUGGAAACCUGCACAGAUGCGCGUUUGGUUUUGAUUACAAUCAUCAGUGUAUCAUGUUUGAUGUAAUAAAUUGAAUAUUGUACAUAAA